UAUGUAUGUCUUCUUCGCUCACAAACUUCAGACUUCAGAGAGACCAAAAACAAAAUGAUGUUAAGGUUCCUUGUCUUCCUCCUCCUUGUUCCAACCAUAUCAGCAGCAAUCCCACCAGGCUCAACUCUCUACGCCACAAACACAAACACAAACACCAACACUAACCAAAACUGGUCUUCACCAAACUCCAUCUUCUCACUAGGUUUCCUUCCUCACCCUCAAUAUCCCACUUCCUUCUUAGCCGCCAUCUUCUACUCUGGCGGUAUACCCAUCUGGACUCCAACCACAGCCCCAGUAGAUUCCUCUGCUUCUCUCCAGUUCCUCACCACUGGCUCUCUCCGCCUCGUCAAUGGCAGCGGCAGCACCGUAUGGGACUCCAACACCACCUCCCGCGGCGUCUCCUCCGCCUCCAUUGACGACUCUGGCAACCUUGUUCUCUCCAAUUCUACCUCCACAGUUUGGUCCUCCUUCCAAAAUCCCACUGACACUAUCGUUCCCUCUCAGAAUUUCACUACUUCUAUGAUUCUGCGAUCUGGGUCUUACUCCUUCCGGCUUAGUACUUCCGGUAACCUCACACUCCUUUGGAAUGAUACUAUCGAGUAUCACAAUCAAGGUUUGAAUUCUUCGUAUAAUGCUACGUUAACUUCACCUAUACUAGGAUUACAGUCUAUUGGGAUUUUGUCUAUUGCUGAUCCUAGAUUGUCUGGUCCCGCUACUUUUGCUUAUAGCAAUGAUUAUGCCGAAGGGAGUGAUCUGUUGAGGUUUUUGAGGUUAGAUAAUGAUGGGAAUUUGAGGAUUUAUAGCUCUGCUAGAGGGAGUGGGACUGAAACUGCUAGAUGGGCAAUUGUUGAGGAUCAAUGUCAAGUUUUUGGAUAUUGUGGGAAUAUGGGAAUUUGUAGUUAUAAUGAUACGGCUCCCAUUUGUGGAUGUCCGUCUCUCAAUUUCGAGCCGGUUGAUCCUAUGGAUGCUAGGAAGGGCUGUAAAAGGAAGAAGGAGACUCAGGAUUGUCCUGGGAAUGCUACUAUGUUUGAUUUGGAUCAUACACAGUUCUUAACAUACUCUCCGGAGAUCAAUUCUCAAGAGUUCUUUGUAGGUAUUUCUGCUUGUAGGUCCAAUUGUCUUGUGAAUCCUGCUUGUGAUGCUUCCACAUCGUUGUCAGAUGGGACGGGCCAGUGUUAUUUAAAGCCACCCGGUUUUAUGAGUGGCUAUCAGAGUCCGGCACUGCCUAGUAGUUCCUAUAUCAAGAUUUGCUCGCCUGGGAUUCCAAACCCGUUGCUUUCUGAGCCAAUUGGUGGGAAGAGCAGCGGUCUGAGGAUGCAUACAUGGGUUGUAGCUAUUAUGGUUAUAGGUACCAUCUUUGGAUUGGUUGCGUUGGAGGGUAGUUUGUGGUGGUGGUGUUGUAGAAACAACCCUAAGUUUGGGACGUUGACAGCUCAAUAUGCUCUUCUGGAGUAUGCUUCUGGUGCUCCUGUCCAAUUUACUUACAAGGAUCUCCAACGCUCAACAAAGGGAUUCAAGGAGAAGCUUGGAGCUGGAGGAUUUGGUUCUGUGUAUAGAGGUGUUCUUGCUAAUAAAACAGUUGUUGCUGUCAAGCAGCUUGAGGGAAUUGAGCAGGGGGAGAAACAAUUCAGAAUGGAGGUUGCGACUAUAAGUAGCACCCAUCAUUUGAAUCUGGUGAGAUUGAUUGGUUUUUGCUCCGAAGGUCGUCAAAGACUUUUGGUAUACGAGUUCAUGAAAAAUGGGUCUCUUGAUAAUUUGCUUUUUGUAGCAGAAAAUCAGUCAGAAAGAUUGUUGAAUUGGGAGUUUCGGUUCAAUAUUGCCCUUGGCACUGCAAAGGGGAUCACUUACCUUCAUGAGGAGUGCCGAGACUGCAUUGUCCACUGUGAUAUAAAGCCAGAAAACAUUCUAUUGGAUGAGAACUAUUCUGCCAAAGUCUCAGAUUUUGGUCUAGCCAAGCUGAUUAAUCCGAAGGACCAUAGGUACCGAACCUUGACAAGCAUCAGAGGUACUAGAGGAUAUUUGGCACCAGAAUGGCUGGCAAAUCUUCCGAUAACCUCAAAAUCUGAUGUUUAUAGUUACGGUAUGGUACUGUUAGAGAUAGUGAGUGGGAGAAGGAAUUUCGAAGUAUCUCCAGAAACCAAUCGGAAAAAAUUCUCUGUGUGGGCAUAUGAAGAGCUUGAGAAGGGUAAUGUCAAGGGAGUCCUUGACAGAAGGCUGGCUGACCAAGACAUCAAUAUGGAGCAAGUCAUGAGAGCAGUUCAAGUAAGCUUUUGGUGCAUCCAAGAGCAACCAUCACACAGACCAAUGAUGGGGAAAGUGGUCCAGAUGUUAGAAGGAAUUAUAGAGAUUGAGAAGCCACCUGCGCCUAACGCUGGGACUGAUGGGUCUGGUAAUGGAACCAGCAUAAAUGUAAGCAGCAACAUAAGCAUUCUCUCCCCCAUUACAGCUUCAGCCCCAGCUCCCUCUUCCUCUUCAUCAGUCCAAUUAGCAGAAGUUUCACUUUAUGCUUCUGGAAAGAAUUUGGAGAGGGCCUCAUCAUCCCUUCUACAUUCAGUUUAAUUGCCUGCAUAUAUAUUCUUUCUCACGAACUUCUUUCAGGUUCUAGAAUUUCUAAUCCAGAUUUGACACAGAAAAACUUCAAAUGCAAUACAUGAUAUUGAUAUGAUAUCUAGUAGAAAUGUAAUUAUUAUAGUACAUAAUUUUGUCAAGAUGGAGCUCAAGGGUCAGCACAAUCGAUUAGAGACCGCAAAUCAUACUCCCUCACUUGUUCGAUACUAGUUCAAAUCUCUCAUUCCCCUUCUCCUUACACCAAAAAUUAUUUAUAUAAAAGAAUAAUGUUGCCAAGAUGGGUUUUUGCAAUUAGAGAUGAGCUACUUGUAUAGGUUUAAUUUCAAAUCAUUUAUGAAAUGUAAAAUUAAUCAUUAGCAGAACCGUUGUAUUCUAAACAUUUUUUGUUUUUUGUGUAAA